UUUUUUUUUCAUCCUCCACCAGGUUUCGUCUGCCCGUUUCCGUCCAAUCACUGUCGUUUGUGUCAUUCGCCUGGGACCUCUGCGCCUCUGAAAUACCCAGUACGUGCUAGAGGAGGCGCAUUGACAUGGGCUACCUUCCAAAACAGUCGCUUGAAAACCUGAAAAAAUACACGUAUAAAGGAGUAGACAAGUCCUUGGUUUCUCGAUAUGUCUUGAACCCAUUCUGGAAUUGGUUUGUCACGUUGUGGCCUAUGACUGUUGCGCCAAACACGAUUACGCUUUCCGGACUAUGCAUAGUCUUCAUGAACUUUUUAACGAUGCUAUAUUACGAUCCUGCUUAUUUGACGGAAAAGGGUGGCGCUACUGCUCUGCCAUCCUGGGUAUAUUUUACGUGGGGGAUAGGUCUCUUUCUUUAUCAGAGCUUUGAUGCUAUUGACGGAAAACAAGCACGAAGAACUGGAAUGGCGGGUCCACUGGGGGAAAUGUUCGAUCACGGAUGUGACGCUCUCAACACGACGUUGGAGGUCAUCAUUUGCGCCCAGGCCAUGAAUCUGGGACGCUCGUGGUGGACUGUCGCAUCCCAAGUUGCAACCCUGGCCAACUUCUAUUUGACUACAUGGGAAGAGUAUCAUACUGGUCAACUUUUCCUUGGCGUUUUCUCUGGUCCGGUGGAAGGUAUCUUGAUGAUUGUCACCAUUUACUUCAUAACGGGCUUCUUUGGGCCGUCAUUCUGGGACAAGGGCAUCCUGACAUUUUUACAUAUUGAGCACCUUCCGCCGUUUUCCAAGAUACCCAACGUCGGACUGAACGAAACGUUUAUGGUGUUCGCUGCCUUCGGCCUGGCGUUCAACAUUGUUUCGAGUUAUCUCAAUGUUCGACGAGCGAUGAAGGCAGCUGGGAAGUCCACUCUUCGACCGCUACUGUUUCUAUUGCCAUACCCCAUUGCCGCGGCUAUUCAAAUAGCCUGGCUAUCAUACCCUGCAUACCACAGUUCUGCCAUUAUCAACUCGAGUCUGUUUGUACCGUUCUUGUGUGCUUGGGGCCUUCAGUUCGCCCAUCAAGUAGGACGAAUGAUCCUGGCCCAUGUUACGAGCACACCCUUCCCCGUCUGGGAUUGGAUGUGGAUAUGGAGUAUUAUCGGGGCUAUAGAUGCGAACCUGCCUAGGCUCUUCGGAAGGCCGCCCAUUAUCCAGUACUCACAUGGAAGUACAGCCUGGUUUGUAUACGGAACAUUGGCUAUAUCAUUGUUUACCUACGCCCGUUUCUGUACGCUGGUCAUCAACGACAUCACGAACUACAUGGGUAUUGCUUGUUUCACCGUGCGCAAGAAGGAUGCUGCAGGGAUCUGGAGAGAUGCUACCAAGGAAAAGAAGGUGUGAGAUUCAUAUAUUGCUCUGAUGUAUCUUUUAGGUCUCUUGUAUUAACAAACACGUUUGCAUCGCGUACAGCAUCUGAUUAGAUAGACUAGAUCUUAGAGGUGUUGGCAUUCAAGUAGUAUCCGACCUGCUGCCGUAGUUUUUCAUGUCCUAAGUUUGUGCUGUAUCCAGUACUUAUGACGUCAAGAAAUGAUCUACUUUUACAUCUGUCGCUGGC